AUGCAUUCAAUGGUCGGAGCAUUUACUCCAUAUACAAGAAAACAACAUCAAAAUGGUACUGUUCGCGGUUGUUGUUAUCGUUUUCUGCAAUGUAGUUUCCCAUGUGGAAUUAUUAUGCUUGUCCUUUCAAUAAUAUUCAUUAUUCUCGGUACGAUUUUACUCAUCUAUAUAUUUCAUUUUAAUGGUUGUGGCACAAUCAGUCCGAUAGAUAAAGAUGGUGAAGUGAUCAAUAUCAUCUCGAUAUCAUCAUCGUCAUUUAAAUGUAAUCGACAAGCAAUGAAAGUAUUAGGUAUAACGUUUGUCGUAUCUGGUGCCGUUCUACUUUCAAUAAGUCUUGUUGUUAUUAAAUAUUCUCGUGCAAGUGAAGAAAAUAACGUUAUCCGUGCAACGAAAUCGUCGUUAAGAGCUAAUAAUAACAAACAGCAACAUCCGACUCAACGGAACUUUUCUCAUCCAAGAUCGUCAUCAGAACAUGAGCAAACUCAAAUGAUUGUUUCUAUAAGAUAAUAUUGGCUUUUACUUGUGACAAUUGGUAUUAGUGUGUUCACUUGUUGCGGUGUUAUAUUUGGUGCUGGUAGAUACGUUCGUUGGCGACCUCGACGAUUUCAAAAAGAAAAUCAACUCCAAUUCAAUUUGCAGAACAAGAGUAUUUUAUUACCGAUGACAAAUCUUUCACACUCAAGUCAUUAUUCAACGCCAUUAACAGACGACAGUCCUCUGGCGUCAUGCCGAAAGUAUUUGAAACCGAAUGAUCUCAAUUCAAAUACAACGGAAAUGUCUUCAUUAACAAAUGUUUCACUGCAACGUAAAAUACCACCUUACGAUUAUGAAGAAUUACCAAAUAUAGUGAAUUCGAAUAAAAAUACGUUUCUACCGCUUCCGAGAUCAUCCUUACUAUCGAGUUUAUCAACGGAGACAGGUUCAAACGAUCAUCAAAUGUUAGUGAUAUCAGCUCGACGCAUUAACCUCUUUUCAGUAGAGGCAACAAGUCGUAUGAUUUAG